CUGCCGGAGGCUCAGUACUCGCAGUCACGAUCCCUGGCUCAUCGACCCUUUUCUUGGUCAACUACUGACUUCUCUCAUGAUGCAACCCACAACAAUUAUCUAACUCCUGAGCACCUAUUUACUGUUAUGUGAACAGAUUCAUCAGGUGAAAGGAAAUGUGCUCAACCAUCUCUGUUCUGCCUGUUAAUGGAACCUGCAAACCUUGGUUAUGAACCAAUAACGUAGAUCACUGCACUCCAGGAGACAACACUCGAGUCUAAACUAACCUGGGUAGUGACACAUUUCUUUAAGCAAUAUACACUUAUAAAGGAGAAUAAGAAGAAUAUGACCUCUACAAAAUUUAUCAGUGAAGUUCGUCAAACUUUAACAAGAUGUUUGCUCCAACAUUAUAUAGGAAGCGCAUUAAAAACUGGCAGAAGCAUACAUAGGUCGCAUAUUCGCAUAAAUAUAGCCAAGGAAUCCAAAGAGACUGUAUCGGAUGCUCUUAACCUGUCAUCUUUUCCACUAGACCGUAUAAGGAACUUCUCUAUAAUUGCUCAUGUUGAUCAUGGCAAAAGUACUCUUGCAGAUCGUAUAUUGGAAGUAACAGGUGCAAUAAAAAAGGACACUGACAACAAGCAGGUUUUGGACAAGCUACAGGUAGAACAAGAACGAGGAAUCACAGUCAAGGCUCAGACUGCUUCAGUUGUUUAUCAAUAUAAUGACCAGAAAUAUCUUCUGAACCUUGUAGACACUCCCGGGCAUGUUGAUUUCACGUAUGAAGUAUCAAGAUCAUUGGCUGCAUGUCAAGGAGCCAUUCUGUUAGUCGACGCUAAUCAGGGUGUACAGGCUCAAACAGUAGCAAAUUUUUAUUUAGCUUUUAUGAAUGAAUUAGCCAUCAUUCCAGUGUUAAAUAAAAUUGACCUAAAAAAUGCCAACCCUACAGUUGUAAAAGAGCAAUUGAUGAACCUUUUUGAAAUUGAUCCGGAUGAAGUUCUCUUGGUAUCUGCUAAGUUGGGAACAGGUGUAAAUGAAGUUAUAGAAGCCGUUAUUAAAAAUGUGCCAUCUCCAGAGAAAAAGUGUAACAAAGAUGCUCCGGUCCGUGUCUUUCUCUUUGACUCUUGGUUUGAUGCAUACAAGGGUGCCGUGUGCUUGAUAUUGGUGGUUGACGGAACUUUAAAGAAAGGUGAUCAUAUUACGUCUUCACACACUGGAAAGUCUUAUGAAGUAAGAGAUUUGGGAAUCCUUACACCACUUGAAACUUCAGUACCACAGUUGUUUACAGGCCAGGUUGGAUAUUUCACAGCCAACAUAAGAGCAGCUAAUGAAGCCCAAGUGGGGGACACUUUUCAUCGUAAGGGUGCAAAAUGUGAACCUCUCAAAGGAUUAAAGCCAGCGAAGCCUAUGGUCUUUGGUGGUGUGUAUCCUAUGGAUCAGAAAGAACUCCCAGCGCUCAAAGCUGCCAUAGAACGUCUUUGCCUGAAUGAUGGAAGUGUGUCUGUUAGUAUUGAAUCAAGCUCAGCAUUAGGCCAGGGUUGGAGACUUGGAUUCCUUGGUCUUUUACACAUGGAUGUGUUUACGCAGAGACUGGAGCAGGAACAUGGGGCACAAGUUAUUACAACUACUCCUUCAGUUCCCUACAAGGUCAAAGUGAAAGGCAGUAAAGUCAUACGUCACUACGGUGGAGAAGAAGUGAUCAUCACUAACCCAUCAUGGUGGCCAGAAACAUUUAACAUUAUAGAGACAAGUGAACCAUUUGUGAUGAGUACUAUUAUCACACCUGAUACCUACUUGGGUGCAAUUAUUGGAUUGUGUCAAGGCAGGCGAGGAGUUCAACAUAGCAUUAGAAAUUUAGAUCACUGCAGAAUAAUCAUGCAAUAUAAACUACCAUUAAACGAAAUUGUAGUGGACUUUUAUGAUACUUUAAAGUCGUUAUCAUCAGGUUAUGCAACAUUUGACUAUGAAGAUAUGGGAUAUGAGCCUUCUCACCUAGUAAAGCUUGAUAUUCUGCUAAAUAAUCAUGCUGUACCUGAGCUUUCAACAAUUGUCCAUAUUUCUCAAGCGAGAAUAAUGGGAAAACGAAUUUGUGAGACUCUAAUGGAAACUUUACCCAGACAAUUGUUCCAGAUUGCAAUACAAGCUGCCACUGGAGGAGAGAUCCUGGCACGAUGCAACAUAAAAGCUGCUCGGAAAGAUGUUCUUGCCAAGUGUUAUGGAGGUGACAUUUCAAGAAAGAUGAAACUGUUGAAGCGUCAAGCAGAAGGAAAAAAGAGAAUGAAGAUGUACGGAAAUAUUGAGGUACCCAGGGAGACAUUCAUUAAUAUUUUAAAAAGAUAGUACAGUAGAGAUUAUAUAAAUUGUGAAUUGAAUUAAUUAUGGAUACAACUGCUUAGGAACCUCAUUUUUUGUACAUAUAAUUCAAUAAAAAGCAGUGCCACUAUUAAUGUGAAAGUUUUUCAGUUAGUACAUGCGAUCUUCUGACAAAGUGUAUACUGUACCAGUGUUCUUUUAGUUGUGCUAUGAUUAAGAUUUUAAAUUAAAUAAAAUCAAAUGAAAUUUUUGCUCACACCCAGUCUCAGAUUUUCCUGGGACUAUAAAUCUCUUAAUUUUCAUAUUUAAAGGUUUCUCAGAACCUCUCAGUAUUGUAGAAAAUAAUAAAAAAUAUUUUAACUACUAAAAAGUUGACUUAAUUUGUUUAUUGGCAGAUGUUACUUGCCUUGUUUGUAAAAUGUACUAUGAUGAUGAAUAUAAAAUAAAUAUGGGUUUAAUGCUUUAAUCUA